UUCACUCUUCAAAGUCUAUUUGUUUCGCUGUUGUCCUAAGUCCCAAUUCCCAAACCUCCCAUCCCCUGUCUACUAGGGUUUAAGCCCACAUUUCAUUUCUCUCUGCUUCACACACAGAGACCACCAUGUCUCUCUAUCGUCUCCUCCUCCGUUCUCUCCGCCGCCCUUCCACCACCACCUCCCAAACUCUAACCCCACUCCUCCUCCUCCAAACCAACCAACCCACCCGCCGUGGCUUCGCCUUCUCCUCCGCCGAAGAAGCCGCUGCCGAACGACGCCGUCGCAAGCGCCGCCUCCGCAUCGAGCCGCCUCUCCAUGCACUCCGCCGUGACCCCUCCCAACCGCCACCACAGAGAGACCCGAACGCUCCUCGGCUUCCGGACUCCACCUCAGCUCUGGUGGGUCCCAGGCUGAACCUCCACAAUAGGGUGCAGUCUCUGAUCAGAGCCGGUGACCUCGAUGCUGCUUCUGCGGUGGCGAGACACUCUGUGUUUUCGAAUACGAGGCCUACUGUCUUCACUUGCAAUGCUAUCAUCGCCGCCAUGUACCGUGCCAAGAGGUACAAUGAUGCUGUUGCCCUCUUCCACUUCUUCUUCAACCAAUCAAAUAUUGUUCCUAAUGUUGUAUCUUAUAAUAAUUUGAUUAAUACUCAUUGUGAUGAGGGGAGGGUUGAUCAGGGGUUGGAAGUGUAUCGCCAUAUUAUUGCGAGUGCACCAUUUAGUCCAUCGUCGGUUACAUACCGGCAUUUGACAAAAGGGUUGAUUGAUGCAGGGCGGAUUCAAGAGGCGGUGGAUCUCUUGAGGGAAAUGUUGAAUAAGGGGCACGGUGCAGACUCAUUGGUUUAUAACAAUGUGAUCAAGGGGUUUCUAGAUUUGGAAAAUUUGGAGAAGGCUAAUGAGCUUUUUGUUGAGCUGAAGGAGCGGUGUCUGGUGUAUGAUGGGGUUGUGAAUGCGACAUUUAUGAACUGGUUUUUUAAUCAGGGGAAAGAUAAGGAGGCAAUGGAGUCAUAUAAGUCCUUGCUUGAUCGCCAGUUUAAGAUGGUGCCUGCGACUUGCAAUGUUCUUUUGGAGGUAUUGCUUAAGCACGGGAAGAAGAAGGAAGCUUUGGCAUUGUUUGAUUCGAUGUUGGAUAAUCACACCCCGCCAACUUUCCAAGCAGUGAAUUCAGAAACAUUUAACAUAAUGGUUAAUGAAUGCUUUAAGCUUGGCAAGUUUGAGGAGGUAAUUCCCACAUUUAAGAAAGUUGGGACAAAAUCAAAUUCAAAGGCUUUUCAAAUGGAUGUUGCAGGUUAUAAUAAUAUCAUUGCUCGGUUUUGUGAGAAUGAGAUGUUAUCAGAGGCAGAGAUGCUGUUUACAGAAUUAUCCUCAAAGUCAUUGUCCCCUGAUGUCACUACUCAUAGGACUUUGAUUGAUGCAUUUUUGAAAGCGAACAGGAUUGAUGAUGCAUUGAAGGUGUUGAACAAAAUGGUGGAUGCUGGUUUGAGGGUGGUUGCUAGUUUUGGUAAUAGGGUGUUCGAUGAAUUGAUCAAGAAUGGCAAGGCAGCAGACUGUGCCCAGAUUUUGUCUAAAAUGGGAGAAAAAGAACCUAAACCAGACCCUACUUGUUAUGAGGUUGUGAUUAAGGGACUUUGCAAUGAAGGUGCAUUGGACAGGAGCUGGGAUCUAAUGGGCGAGGUGAUGAGGUAUGGUGUUGGUGUUACUCCUGCAUUGCAGGAAACUGUAAAUGAGGCAUUUACAAAAGCUGGUCGGGGUGAAGAGAUUGAAAGACUGUUGGGCAUGAAUAGGUGGGGAUAUGCACACAUGCCAUCAAGACCACCUCCUCGAAUGGCAGGACCUUCUCACCCACCAUCCGGACCCCCUCAAAUGGUAAGGCCACAAUACCCACCAUCUGGAUACCCUCAAAUGGCCAGACCCCAGCAGACACCAUCAGGGCCCACACAAAUGGGUUGGCAGCAGUACCCACCAUCUGGACCCUCUCAAAUGUCCGGACCACAGUACCCACCAUCUGGAUCCCCUCAAAUGGUUGGACCACAUUACCCACCGUCUGGAUCCCCUCAAGUGGCAUGGCAGCAGCACACACCAUCUGGACUUGCUCAAUUUGCCAGACCACCACAGCCACCAUCAGGAAUCAACCCAGAGUCUCAAAUGACCGGACCCCAGCAGACACCAUCGGGGCCCACACAAAUGGGAUGGCAACAGCACCCACCAUCUGGACCCUCUCAAAUGUCCGGACCACAGUACCCACCAUCUGGAUCCCCUCAAAUUGCUGGACCACAUUACCCAUCAUCUGGAUCCUCUCAAAUGUCAUGGCAGCAGCACACGCCAUCUGGACUUGCUCAAAUGGCCAGACCACCGCAACCACCAUCUCCCCCUCCAAUGACAGGAUUCCAUCACCCACCAUCUGGCCCAUCUCAAACAGAAGGGCUGCAGCACCCACCACCAGGAUCUCAAACAAAUGAAUCACAUAACUCACCCUCAGCACUUCCUCAAACAACGGAACAGGUAGCAACGGGUUAGUUUGAUUCUUUGAUACCAGGUCAUUGAUAGAGAUGCUGGUUCUCUCUUGUUCUGAUUUUGAAUUGGGCAAGGAGAGUGCUACCUCAUUCUUAUACGCUGAGUGUCUCUUUGUGCUACAAGUCUCUGUAUUGGUUAGUUUCACUUGAGUAUAAUAAUGACGUAGUUUUUGGUAGGGGUGUCUUAAUAUUAUACGGAACUGUUGUUACCCUCAAUGUGUUAGCUGAUAUGAUGAGCCAAUUAAUUUUGUAUUCAGACAUAUACAUAUUUAUUCAAGACAUUUUUAAUCUGAAUAAUCUUGACGCUCA